AUGGUGGCUCAUUCUAAUUUAAUUGCGUGUCGAGUGUGUGACAAGGUUUUUCCUCAUGCUCUGCCAUUACUUUAUCAUUUUGAUCAAGUUCACGGAAGAGAAGGUUAUGUGCUAGCAGUACAACGAAGUGAUUACCCUGUGUCAAGGACGACACCUUUCAAGUUGAAUUCUAAACAAGGUCACUCUCAAAUUGCUUCAAGAGCAAAUGGUCACGCUAUUUUCCGUUCAAUGAUGGAAGAAUCACAUUCAAGGGGUCAAGUGUACAAAGAUAAGGAGUUGAACCUAGUUGGUUUCACAAAGCCUUUAAUCAAGAAAUUGAACAAGCCCUUCAUUUUUGAAAAUGUUGAAGCAGAUGAAGAUCAAAAUGUGGACUUGGAAUUAAAGCUCUAG